AUGACCAAGAUCUUUGGGAUGCUGGAUGAUCUGCAGUAUAAGAAGAUGGUGGAAUUCUAUGAGAAAAAUCAAGGUCCCUCACAGAAAAGGCUCACUGCCAAGUUUAAGAAGGAGCUUCCUGAGAAACACAUUCAGAUGCUUGGCAUAGAUAAAUCCAUCUCCUUGGUCAAUGAAGCAAUGAAGGAGAUACCAAGGAAUGACCCUGAUGUCCAGGACCUGCUGCGUCCCUUUGUGGAACAACUGGGACUGAAACAAGAAAACCAGGCAGCAGGUGAGUUCCCACUUAUUGGAGCUGAAGAGAGGCCUAUUUAUCAGCUUCACACAUGUUCUAACGGGUGUCUGUGGGUCGGGUUCAUCCUGACUGACAGAGACACAGCAGUGCUGAGAGGAACUCUGAUGAAAGCUGCUUGUUUUUACCUUAAGAUCAAUGAAACAUCUCAACAUAUUUUUAUUCACUUAACAGGUGCAGAGACCAGGAGCCAUCACGAGCAGACUGGUUUAGCUGGAGCAAUAAAACCUGAGCAGAAGCAAGAUGGAGGAUCUGGAGUCACUCAAAGUCCACAGAGAAUACGUCCUAACAUGAGCAUAUCCAUCAAGGAUCUGAAGGCCAGUGGUGACCUCGGCCAAAAGAUUCUGGUUGUGAAGGUUGUGCAGAAAUCAGGCCUGGCCAAAUUUACAAAAAAAAAGCAGGAAGGGUUUUAUUUCCAUGUUGCAGUCGCUGAUGAUACCGGCGCUAUUAAAGCUGUGGUGUUUGGAAAAGAAAAAUAUCCAACCAUUCAGGAAGGCAGCUUCUAUACCCUCAGAGAAGUUCUAAUGGAUCAGAAGGAGAACAUUCUCAAGGUUACAGAAAAGGCCAAAAUCUCACGGACCAGUCCGUUUGACAUCCCCAAGAAUAUGGAGCUGGAAGCCGAAAAACUUCUCAGUCCACUUUUCACCAUCAGAGAAGUAAAACGCUUUGAAGACAAAAAGGAAGUGAGCGUUAAAGGCACCGUGAAGGAGAUUGGUGAACCCACGAAAAUAAAGAAACUAAAGAGAGACAAGCUGGACUUUGAACUGGAGGAUGAAACUGGAUCCAUCACAAUCGGCCUGUGGAGUGAAAAACGCAGACAGCUGGAUGGGAUAUCAAUAGGAGAUGUGGUUAAGGUCCAAUACCUAAAGACAAACCGCUAUAUUGAAACAGUGUCUCUGAACUCCACAGACCUCACCAGAAUCAACAAGAUUGAAAGUGCUGAGGUCCAGAAAGUCACCAUCAACAUCAUAGGGAUCAGUAAGGUUGACAAGAUCAUGACAGAGCUGGAUGUCGAGAUCAGCAACCAGAUGAAGAUGUUGGAGGUUUCCUCUCCUCUUCUGGCAGAAGUAUUUGGUCUCUGUCUGGAUGACAACUUUCAAAGCAAACUCCUGGAGAAGAUCCCGCAUGAACUAGAAGCAGAAAUACAAGGAAACAAGAUCAAGAACCUUAAAGCCAAAGCAUGA